AUGAGAGGUCAAUUGCAGUGGUCUCGAGCGCAGGCAGCGCCGAGGGCUGUCCAGUUCCAUGCGCGACCGGCUUUCCGACAGUUCCAACAAGUGCGCCAUGCAUCGAGCGAGCUCAAGCAAGAGGUAGCCCGCAACGAGAAGAUUGGAGAUGCCCGCUCUGGUAUCAGUCGCAUCAAGAACCUGCUCCUCGGCACCUCAAUACUCGCCAUCACUGGAUUCGGAUACCUCUACGUGACCGACACACGAGCGACCUUUCACCAAUGGCUUGUGCCCCGUGUCUUGCGCACACUGUUCCCUGAUGCCGAGGACGCCCACAAGAUCAGCAACAAGAUCCUCAAGGCUCUAUACUCUAUCGGUUUACAUCCUCGCGAAAGAGGCAACCCAGACAUCAACGGAGACUUGAAAGUCGAGGUGUUUGGACACGUCUUGGACAACCCUAUCGGAACAUCUGCUGGUCUGGACAAGAACGCUGAUAUCCCCGAUGUCGUCUUGGGCUUUGGUGCUGGUAUCGUUGAGGUUGGCGGUAUUACUCCUCGCCCACAGGAGGGUAACCCUAAGCCUCGUGUCUGGCGCAUUCCCUCGCAAAACGCUCUCAUCAACCGCUACGGUCUCAACUCCGAAGGUGCCGACAGUGUAGCUACUCGUCUUCGCCAGCGAUUGCGCGAGUUUGCUUACGCCCUUGGUCUUGGUCUUGACCCCGUGGCAGAGCAAUCUGUCUUGGAUGGCCACGCUGGCGUGCCCCCUGGUAGUCAGAUGCCCGGCCGCUUGCUCGCUGUUCAGAUGGCAAAGAUGAAGGAGACUCCGGAUAACGAUAUUGAUGCCAUCGCUCAGGAUUACGUCUACUGCGUCAACCAGCUCGCCAAGUAUGCGGAUAUCCUUGUCGUCAACGUCUCAUCGCCAAACACACCCGGUCUGCGCAACUUGCAGCAGGCUGCUCCUCUGACCAAGAUCUUGACUGCCGUCGUCGACGCGGCCCAAGCCGCUGAUCGCAAGAACAAGCCUGCUGUUAUGGUCAAGGUGUCUCCCGAUGAGGACAGCGAAGAGCAGGUUAGUGGUAUUUGUGGUGCCGUCUGGGCCAGUGGCGUCGACGGCAUUAUCGUUGGCAACACAACCAAGAAGCGCCCUGAUGCUUUGCCCGCUGGUUACCUACUCCCUCAAAGCGAACAGAGCAUCAUGCUCGAAACCGGUGGCUACUCUGGCCCACAACUAUUCGAACGUACCGUUGCUCUGGUCAAGAAGUACAGAACUGCACUGGACAAAGGACCCAACGAGGCCAAGCCCGAGCCCAAAAAAAUCGAAGAACCCAAGCAACCACAAAAGUCAGAGUUCCAGCUCGAGACCGAAUCAAUGAGAGAGAAGAUCAGACAACAACUGCAACAAAAGUCCGACGCAACCCAAAGUGCAGCCCCCAACAGUCUGGACGCUGAAACAAAGUCUUCCAUCGAAUCAAGCGUCGAACGCGAUCUCAAGAACCUGAAGCCCAAGACCGGAGCCGCCGACAAGAACAGCCGCGAUCAAUCCAUUAUCCAGAUCCCCGAACGCCACAUCCCUGCCUCUGUCUCCUCAUCCUCCAACACCACAACCGCAGAGACAAAAGCUGCUUUCUCGGCCGUCGAACCAGCUCUAGGUGCCGCCCCCGACGCCGCAGAGAAGAUGCUCUCAUCCGGCCCUGCAUCCUCAGCAGUCUCAGCACCUGUGAAAAAGACCUCGCUCACUUCACCCGCCAACCUCCACACCAACAAGGAAAAAGUAAUUUUCGCUACCGGGGGCAUUACGAAUGGCAAACAAGCUUUGGAAGUGUUGAAUGCGGGCGCUAGUGUCGCGAUGGUGUAUACGGCAAUGGUUUACGGAGGUGCAGGCACGAUCACUAGAAUCAAGCAGGAGAUGAGGGAGGAGAUUCAUGGGUUGCCGGCUCAGCUGCCUUCGUCUGCUCCUCGUGAGGAGAGAUGA